AUGGCCAUGCGGCCCGAUGGACUUGGUUUCGACUGCACUGCAGCUCAAAACGAGAUUGGAUACUCACUGGAAUUUGCAGCUUCCCUAUAUUUUCUCAAGUUGAUUUCGUCACACUGUGGUGAUUGGUGUAUCACUGGUGUUAGCUUUCAUGCUGUAUUCCAUAUACGAGCAGUAUGA